CGCCGCUUUGCCGUGCACGAGUUGCGCACGCGCGAGUCGAUGCGGGGAAACUUGGGCGGCUCAGAAGAAAGCGGGAAACCUCCCCUGAGGGACGCGCUUUGUUUUUUUUAAAACACAAACCCACACAUAAGAGUAACAAUGACAAGUGACCCGUCAAAGUGUGAGGAAAACAAAAGCAAACGUAAAAAGGAAUCAAAGAAUGAAGUUUCAGAAAAUUCACAGUUGACUUCUUUCGAAAAAACAGAUUUGGCUCUUUCUGAAAGCUCCCACAGAACAGAAGCACUGGAAACAGUUUUAAAUGUUAUAGACAGCCUCGUGCUGAGCCAGAAACAACAGGCAGUCACCAACUUCAGCAACCGGAAGGGCCUGGAAUGCAUCUCCCCAUUUUUCUCCAGUGUGGAGGAGACCCCUCACGUCAUCCCCACAAAGAUUCAAGGCCACGUUCCCAAGUGGCUCAAGGGCAGGCUGCUGAGGAAUGGGCCAGGGAAGUUUGAGUUUGGGGACGACAAGUAUAAUCACUGGUUUGAUGGCAUGGCCCUGUUACACAAGUUCGAAAUUGAAGAUGGCAUCGUGAAGUACAGCAGCAAGUUCCUAAGGAGCGAUUCCUACGUGACUAACAGCAAGCACAACCGGAUCAUGAUUGCUGAGUUUGGAACCAUGGCCGUGCCAGAUCCUUGCAAGACUGUUUUUGAGCGCUUCAUGUCAACGUUCGAAAUGCCAAAACCAACAGACAACUGCAGUGUCAACUUUACGGUCUACAAAGGUGACUAUUAUGCCAGCACAGAGACCAACGUAAUGCACAAAGUGGAUCUGGAAACUCUUAAAUCAAAAGGGAAGGUGAAUUGGGAAAAGUAUAUUGCAGUGAACGGAGCAACUGCCCACCCACAUUAUGACCCAGACGGGACGGCAUACAAUAUGGGCAACUCCUAUGGGAAACAUGGCUCCAACUAUAACAUCAUCUGUGUUCCCCCACAAACGCCUGGCUCCAGUGACUCCAGCCUGGAAGGUGCAAAAGUGUUGUGCACCAUUGAGCCAGAAGACAGGAUGAGACCCUCCUAUUACCACAGCUUCGGAAUGAGUGAGAACUAUGUGAUCUUUCUCGAGCAGCCUCUGAAAAUGACCCUGUGGAAGUUUAUGGCGGCCAAGGCUAUGGGGAGAUCUUUUUUGGAUGGGAUCAGCUGGGAACCUCAGAAAAAUGUUCGAUUCCAUGUAGUGAACAAGAUCACUGGACAGGUGCUGCCUGUGCCAUUGUACAGCAAAGCCUUCUUUUCUUUCCAUCAAAUCAAUGCCUUUGAAGAUGAAGGGUGCAUUGUCCUUGACCUCUGCUGUCACGACCAAGGAGGAGCUCUUGACGUUUACCGUCUGCAGAACCUCCACAAGGCGGGGGAAGCCCUUGACCAGGCCUAUAAUUCCAUGGGAAGGCCCUAUCCACGGCGCUUCGUUCUGCCGCUCAGUGUAGACGCCAAGAAACCAGUGGGGCAGAAUCUCAGCCCUCUGUCCUACACAUCUGCUACAGCCGUGAAGGAGGCUGACGGGAAGAUCUGGUGCACCUAUGAAAGUCUACAUAAUGAGACUCUUGAAGCAAAAGGAGGCCUGGAAUUUCCCCAGAUUAACUAUGCUCGUUACAAUGGGAAGAAAUACCGCUACUUCUACGGCUGCGGCUUUGGGCAUAUAAUUGGAGACUCGUUGAUCAAAACAGACGUACAAACCAAGGAGAUGAAGAUUUGGAAAGAGGAUGGAAGGUAUCCCUCUGAACCCGUGUUUGUGCCAGAACCUAACUCUGCUGCUGAAGACAGCGGAAUCAUUCUCUCUGUUGUGCUCACACCCAAGCAGAAUCAAGGCAGUUUCCUGCUCAUUCUGGAUGCUAAGAAUUUCACGGAAUUGGGUCGGGCAGAAGUGCCGGUGCAGAUCCCCUAUGGCUUCCAUGGGGUUUUUGUCCCACGUUAAAAAAGUUUCCAUCGGCCUCUCCCCACCUGCGGAGGAGAUCUGAAGACACCUGCUCCCUGAUAAUCUUCAUGAGUUCUUUCUCAUGACCUCUGGCGAAUUGCUUAAUCUUAACAAGUGUUGGCUUCCUGAUUGAUCUAGUGGGAUCUGAAUAAGUAACCUCAAUCUGUAGAGAUAACGUGAGAAAAAACUUCUUUGUGACUAGGAUGUGUUUUGCCAGUGAAAGAUAGAUGAACACAGCCCGGAUAAAAAGGAUUUAUUUAGAGGAGGCUGUCAUGGAUUGUGAUCUUUAAAAUGAACAUUCUAUUCUCUGCUAUUUUUUUAAUUGAUUAUCUCUAUUGCGAUUUAUUAUAGAGAAAAUUUAAUAACAUAGCCUUUAUUUUUGCUGUAUUAAACUAAUGUGAUUGAA